UGUACUCACUGAUGGCUGCUCUCGCGCUGUGCUGUGCUCUGAUCCUGCUGCUGUGUGGAGGUGUUUGUUCAGGCGAGAAUCUGAUAUUACCCAGCAAGCUACAAAAUGCGACUCAGGAAACCGCACUGUUUAAACCCAUCAAACUUCCAACUGAUACAUUCAAUGAUUACAUCUGGAGAUUUGGAACUGUAAUAAUAGUUAACGUAGUUGGCACCUCAAAUGCAAUAGCGGCUGCAUACAGAAACAGAAUCAGUCUGGAUAUGAACACACUUUCUAUCGAGCUCAGGAAUCUGACUCUGAGUGACUCUGGAGAAUACGUUCUGAGUAUAAACGGAGAUAAAGGCUCCUACACAGGAACUACUAGACUGGAGGUGUUCGAGCCAGUGACCAGCGUUACCAUCAUACCAAAUACGACAGAGCUGAUUGAGUUCAACAGCACUGUCAGACUCGUUUGCUCCGCCUCUGGCUCCGCCCUCUCGUUCGUAUGGUUGAACGGCAGCUCAGAGAUAACCGAAGGAGAGCGAGUCGUGCUGAGCGACAGUAACAAGACUCUGACCGUAUCCAACGUGAACAGGCACGAGGGAGGGCCGUACACAUGUGAAGCGUCCAACGCCAUCAGCAGAGCCAAGAGUGAACCUCAGACCCUCAGCGUUAACUAUGGUCCAGACAUUGCUUACGUUAGAGCCGUCCCUUCAGGACCCAUCUACAGCUCUGGGUCUGAAGUCAUCCUGACCUGCUCAGCCGAGUCCAGUCCCGCUGCUGAGUAUCAGUGGGCUCUGGAUGGAUCAGUGCUGAGUGAUGAGGGUGAAAAGCUCACACUUACCAACAUUCAGACCACUGACAAUGGCAGCUACACCUGCAUAGCCCACAACACCAAGACCCUGAGAUACUCCACCUCUCAGACCAUCAACAUCACUGUAGUGGAAAGAAUAUCUGGAGCGAGACUUAUUGGUCCAUUAGAUUUGAUCAUGGAAGGAAACUCCACUACUCUAACCUGCGAGGGGAACGGGACGGUGUUCAGCGUAGAAUGGAUGAAGGAUAAUAAAACUCUUUCUCCCAGUAGUAGCAUCAUCUUCUCCUCAGGUAACAGAUCAGUUACCAUCAGUCCAAUCAGAAGAGCCGACCGCGGUGAUUACCAGUGUACUCUCAUCAACCCUGUUAGCUCUGGUUCUGCAGCCUACAGAAUGACCGUAAUCUUUGGACCCGACAGUAUUCGGGUUGACGGGCGGAGUGAAGUGGAGGAGGAGGGAUAUGUGAAUUUAUCCUGCAUUGCUGAUUCUGAACCAGUACCUCUUUAUAAAUGGGAGUUUAAUGGAACAAAGACUGAAGUGACUUCAAAGACAUUUAUAGUAAAUCCAGCGAAGGUCUCAGACAGUGGAAAUUACACCUGCAUCGCCCGGAAUAACAUCACCAAACUUGAGGCGAUAGCGUCACGCAUUUUGGUAGUUCAAGAAAAGGGAUCUGAAGCUGGAGGGCCUCUGUCUGCUGGAGCUAUAGCUGGGAUCGUCAUUGGGGUUUUAGUAGGUGUUGCUGGAGCUGCUGGUUUGAUUGUCUACUUUCUGAAAUUUAACGGAGGGCAAAAGUCCAGUCCAGACUCCAGAGAAGGUGUUUGUUCAGGCGAGAAUCUGAUAUUACCCAGCAAGCUGCAAAAUGCGACUCAGGAAACUGCACUGUUUAAACCCAUCAAACUUCCAACUGAAACAUUCAUGGGUUACACCUGGAAUUUUGGAAGCGUAUUAGUUAUUACCAUAGUUGGCACCUCAAAUUUAACAUCGGCUACAUACAGAAACAGAAUCAGUCUGGAUAAGACGACUCUGGCUUUGGAGCUCAGGAAUCUGACUCUGAGUGACUCUGGAGAAUACGUUCUGAGUAUAAUCGGAGAUAAAGUCACCUACACAGCGACUACUAGACUGGAGGUGUUCGAGCCAGUGACCAGCGUUACCAUCAUACCAAAUACGACAGAGCUGAUUGAGUUCAACAGCACUGUCAGUCUCAAUUGCUCCGCCUCUGGCUCCACCCUCUCGUUCGUAUGGUUGAACGGCAGCUCAGAGAUAACCGAAGGAGAGCGAGUCGUGCUGAGCGACAGUAACAAGACUCUGACCGUAUCCAACGUGAACAGGCACGAGGGAGGGCCGUACACAUGUGAAGCGUCCAACGCCAUCAGCAGAGCCAAGAGUGAGCCUCAGACCCUCAGCGUUAACUAUGGUCCAGACAUUGCUUACGUUAGAGCCGUCCCUUCAGGACCCAUCUACAGCUCUGGGUCUGAAGUCAUCCUGACCUGCUCAGCCGAGUCCAGUCCCGCUGCUGAGUAUCAGUGGGCUCUGGUUGGAUCAGUGCUGAGUGAUGAGGGUCAAAAGCUCACAAUUACCGACAUUCAGACCACUGACAAUGGCAGCUACACCUGCAUAGCCCACAACAACAAGACCCUGAGAUACUCCACCUCUCAGACCAUCAACAUCACUGUAGUGGAAAGAAUAUCUGGAGCGAGACUUAUUGGUCCGUCAGAUUUGAUCAUGGAAGGAAACUCCACUACUCUAACCUGCGAGGGGAACGGGACGGUGGACAGCAUUAAAUGGUUUAAGAAUAAUGAGAAUCUUUCUCCCAGCAGCAGCAUCACCUUCUCCUCAGGUAACAGAUCAGUUACCAUCAGUCCAAUCAGAAGAGCCGACCGCGGUGAUUACAAUUGUACUCUCAUCAACCCUGUUAGCUCUGGUUCUGCAGCCUACAGAAUGACCGUAAACUUUGGACCCGACAGUAUUCGGGUUGACGGGCGGAGUGAAGUGGAGGAGGAGGGAAAUGUGGAGUUAUCCUGCAAGACGGAUUCUGAACCAGUACCUCUUUAUAAAUGGGAGUUUAAUGGAACUGAAAAGCCUGAAGUGACUACAGAAACAUUUACAGUAAAUUCAGCGAAGUUCUCAGACAGUGGAAAUUACACCUGCAUCGCCCGGAAUAACGUCACCAAACUUGAGGCGACAGCGUCCCGCACUGUGGUGGUUAAAGAAAAGGGAUCUUUGACUGGAGGGUCGCUGUCUCCUGGUGAUAUAGCUGGGAUUGUCAUUGGGGUCUUGGUGGGAGUCGCUGCAGUUGUGGGUUUGAUUUUCUACUUUAAGAAAAGGCAAGUAUACCCCUUAUUCACCUUACAUACUUCAGAGAGAAAGUAAUAAUGAUGCUUAGUGAUAAUAUGAAUAAUAAUAAUAAUAAUAAUAGUAACAACAGCAAUUGUCCAAAUAAUUGUCUAUACUGUAUAAACUUCAAUAUAGCCAGUUAUCCAAAACAGGCGACAAUAACUGGAUGGUGCACAGCUGGUCUAUGGUGAAAAAACAGG